AUGAUCCACAAGGCCCUAACAUUCGGGGAACCUCUUUAUCUCUGUGAAAAACUUGAGCAAAGACAGGAGGUCUCCCAACGUACCAGUCGCCAGGACAACCAGCUUCACUUUCCGAGUUCAAUAAAAAACGUGGUUCGGAACCUCGGUAUACCAGAAGAUGCUACCGGGUGGAUACCAGAGAACUGCGGCACGGGAACCGACACUGCUCAUGAGUCCUUGUGUUUUCUGCUGGUGACAUUAGGGCACCAUCCAGAAGUCCAGGACAAUAUCUUUGAGGAGAUACAGAGAGUUAUGGGUGACCUUGACCGUGACGUCACUGUUGCUGACGUUAACGCCAUGACGUACCUGAACCAGGUCAUCCUAGAGAGCAUCAGACUCCAUGGAAGCAUCUCAGCAAUUAUGAGAAAGGCAACAAAGGAUACAAAAUUGCCUGGAUGCACACUGCCGGCCGGAAGUCGCAUAGUAAUAGCGCUCCAAACAAUGGGUUACGAUAAAGAACACUUCCCAAAUCCGAGACAGUUUCUGCCUGAACGGUUCUCCCCAGAGAAGCAAAAGGAACGACACAACUACUCUUUCCUGCCGUUCAGCGCUGGUCCUCGGAACUGUAUAGGAAAGUCGUACGCAAUGAUCAUGAUGAAGACAAUCCUGGUCCAUAUCCUGCGCCGUCUGCAGGUUACGUCACAUACUAAUUUGUCAGACAUCAAGUAUGAGCUGAAAGUUGUGAUGCACCACAAGUCUCCACUCCUAGUCACUUUCCAUCCAAGAUAA